AUGACAGCUACUCUGAAACCAAAAUCUAAUGAUAGAUCACGUCGUUUAUCGGCUUCAUGGCCAUUAGGUCUUCCACCUUUAACUGAUGUUAAAAAAUCAUGGAAAAAGAGAAAUUCUAAGAAAUUUACUAUAUCAAUUAUCACUUUAUCUCUUCUGUUAUUGUACAUGCUAUUUUCUGGUACUUUUCAAAAAACAAGUGUUGCAAAGAAAUCAUAUCCUCCAGUUCAUGGUAUAUAUCAAAAUGAAAUUCCUGCAUUAAAUAGUCUUAUUUUCCCUCAAGUGGAGCAUGCACCCCUCUUAAAAGAAAUAGGUGUCAGAGGUUUAUAUAUUUUAAGGUUAGAAGCAAAUGGUGAAAAAAGAUAUAUUAUAAAAUCUGAAGAUAAACCAUUACCUGAUGAUGAAAAGAGAAAAAUUACAAGUCAGACAAUGUUAGUGAAGAAAUCUUUUUUGGAUCAUGGUAAACUAGUUUAUCGUAAAAAUAAUGGUCCAGAGACUGUAAUUGUUACAUUGAUUGACUUUGAAAAUUAUGAAUUGGACACGAUCGUUAGUAUUGUACAAAAUAGGGUAGAUUAUGCCCAAAAACAUAAUUAUGGUGUUUAUGUGAGAUGGAUUCAAGAAUUUAUUCCUCUUUUAGCUAAUCAAAACUUGGAAAAUGGUGAUACUUUUUCUAAAACUUUAGUUAUGAGAGCCGCAUUACACGCCUUCCCUAAUGCUAAAAGAUUUGUGUUUAUCGAAGAUACAUCUUUAAUUACAGACUUUAAAUUAUCUGUUGAAGAUAAUAUUUUAAAUCCAAAGAUUUUAGAUGUGGCUCUUCUAAGAGAUACUCCAAUAUCACUAGAUUCUGUAAUUAAAACUUACAAGCAUCUGGAUUUAUCAGAUGUUAGCAUUGUCAUACCACAUACCACAGAAAACAAGAUAUCAACAUCUACUUUUAUUAUAUCCAAUGAUAUUUAUGGUAAAGCUUUUAUUGAGUACAUCAAUGACCCAUUAAUUAAAGAUUUUGAAUGGGAAAACCUUAAUCACUGUAUUAGUCACAUACUUCAAUGGCAUCCGUCACUUUUAGUCAAGACUGCUAUUGUCCAUCAAAAACUUUUAUCAAGUGAAUAUGAUGAAGUUUAUUUGAAGAGCGAAGAAAUUGAUACUGCACAUUAUACUAAAGGCGACUUUAUUGCAAAUUUUCCAAAUUGUAAAAGAGAUAAAACUUGUAACAAGGAUAUUACAUCUCUUUAUAACUCAUUAAAAAAGUAA